GCAGCAUCUUCAGUCUUCAGUUUGGACGCAAGGCAGCCUGUAAUCUUACGAUAUCUUCAACCAGUGAACGGACUGGUAGUAUGAAUUGUUAAGAAGUCAUAACCUUCACCUAGGCGAGGAUGUACGGGGGACGCAAGGCCGGUUUCCGCACCCUGGUGAUAGCAGCCAUAGUGCUGCAAAUCACUCAGGCGCAGGAUGAUCGGGAAGGCAAAGAAAUAGUCUACGACAUUUAUGACCAAUCGAAGUCACAAUACUUCAAUGAAGACUUUGAUACCAGUGCGUAUAAUUUCGGAUACGACAUAGCUCCGGAUGGUCAAUUUCACCACGAAGUACAUGGUCCAGACGGCGUAACUUAUGGAUGUUACGGAUAUGUUAAUCCGUUCGGUAAACUAGCGACAACAUUUUAUCUCAGCGAUGGAUGGGGUUACCGCGUUGUACAACCUGGAGACACCGUAGAAUUAUUUUUACACGAGCAUGAACAUCACGAACACGAACACCAUGAACACGACCAUCAUCAUGAUCACAAAGAUCAUGAUGGGGAGCAUCACGACCAUCACGAUCACCACGGAAUCUUGACGGCGUGGAGGGAUUUAUACUUCCCUCCGGUGUGCGCUCAAUUUGAAGGAAGCAAUGGGAAACCCGUAGUAAUACGUCCUGAUCGGCCAGGACAAACUGGAACGCCUGGACAUCUAGGAUCAUACUAUCCUGGAACUCCGGGUCAACCCGGAACACCAGAUACUAUUAUUCCAGGAAAGCCAGCAAUACCAGGACAACCAGGAUCAUAUUAUCCCGGUACUCCUGCUCAACCCGGAACGCCAGACACCAUCAUACCAGGCAAGCCAGCAACUCCAGGACAGCCUGGAUCAUAUUAUCCAGAAACUCCCGGAAAGCCCGGAACGCCAGACAUCGUCAUUCCUGGAAAGCCAGCGACUCCAGGACAGCCAGGAUCAUAUUAUCCCGGAACUCCCGGUCAACCCGGCACACCAGACACUAUUAUUCCAGGCAAGCCAGGAACACCCGGACAGCCGGGAUCCUAUAAUCCAGGAACUCCCGGAAAGCCCGGAACGCCAGACAUCGUCAUUCCCGGAGAGCCAGCGACUCCAGGACAGCCAGGAUCAUAUUAUCCCGGAACUCCCGGUCAACCCGGAACACCAGACACUAUUAUUCCAGGCAAGCCAGGAACACCUGGACAGCCAGGAUCAUAUUAUCCCGGAACUCCCGGUCAACCCGGAACACCGGACACUAUUAUUCCAGGCAAGCCAGGAACACCCGGACAGCCGGGAUCCUAUAAUCCAGGAACUCCCGGAAAGCCCGGAACGCCAGACAUCGUCAUUCCCGGAAAGCCAGCGACUCCAGGACAGCCAGGAUCCUAUUAUCCAGGAGCUCCCGGAAAGCCCGGAACGCCAGACACUAUUAUUCCAGGCAAGCCAGGAACACCCGGACAGCCGGGAUCCUAUAAUCCAGGAACUCCCGGAAAGCCCGGAACGCCAGACAUCGUCAUUCCCGGAAAGCCAGCGACUCCAGGACAGCCAGGAUCCUAUUAUCCAGGAACUCCCGGUCAACCCGGAAUACCAGACACUAUUAUUCCAGGCACGCCAGGAACACCCGGAAAGCCAGGAUCAUAUUAUCCAGGCACGCCCGAAAAGCCCGGAACGCCAGACAUUAUUAUUCCUGGAAAACCAGCGACUCCAGGACAACAAGGAUCCUAUAAUCCAGGAACUCCCGGUAAGCCCGGAACGCCCGACACUAUCAUUCCAGGCCGACCAGGGACACCUGGACAGCCAGGAUCCUAUUAUCCUGGCACGCCCGGAAAGCCCGGAACGCCAGACAUUAUUAUUCCUGGAAAACCAGCGACUCCAGGACAACAAGGAUCCUAUAAUCCAGGAACUCCCGGUAAGCCCGGAACGCCCGACACUAUCAUUCCCGGAAAACCAGCGACUCCAGGUCAGCCAGGAUCCUAUUAUCCUGGCACGCCCGGAAAGCCCGGAACGCCCGACACUAUCAUUCCAGGCCGACCAGGGACACCUGGACAGCCAGGAUCCUAUUAUCCUGGCACGCCCGGAAAGCCCGGAACGCCAGACAUUAUUAUUCCUGGAAAACCAGCGACUCCAGGACAACAAGGAGCCUAUAAUCCAGGAACUCCCGGUAAGCCCGGAACGCCCGACACUAUCAUUCCAGGCCGACCAGGGACACCUGGACAGCCAGGAUCAUAUCAUCCUGGCACGCCCGGAAAGCCCGGAACCCCAGACAUAAUCAUUCCCGGAAAACCAGCGACUCCAGGUCAGCCAGGAUCCUAUUAUCCUGGCACGCCCGGAAAGCCCGGAACGCCCGACACUAUCAUUCCAGGCCAACCAGGGACACCUGGACAGCCAGGAUCAUAUUAUCCCGGCACGCCCGGAAAGCCUGGAACGCCAGACAUAGUUAUUCCCGGAAAACCAGCGACUCCAGGUCAGCCAGGAUCCUAUUAUCCUGGCACGCCCGGAAAGCCCGGAACGCCAGACAUCGUCAUUCCCGGAAAACCAGUGACUCCAGGUCAGCCAGGAUCCUACUAUCCUGGCACGCCCGGAAAGCCCGGAACCCCAGACAUAAUCAUUCCAGGAAAACCAGCGACUCCAGGUCAGCCAGGAUCAUAUUAUCCUGGCACGCCCGGAAAGCCCGGAACCCCAGACAUAAUCAUUCCCGGAAAACCAGCGACUCCAGGUCAGCCAGGAUCCUUGUAUCCUGGCACGCCCGGAAAGCCCGGAACGCCCGACACUAUCAUUCCAGGCCGACCAGGUACACCUGGACAGCCAGGAUCAUAUUAUCCCGGCACGCCCGGAAAGCCCGGAACGCCAGACAUAGUUAUUCCCGGAAAACCAGCGACUCCAGGUCAGCCAGGAUCCUACUAUCCUGGCACGCCCGGAAAGCCCGGAACCCCAGACAUAAUCAUUCCCGGAAAACCAGCGACUCCAGGUCAGCCAGGAUCCUAUUAUCCUGGCACGCCCGGAAAGCCCGGAACGCCCGACAUAGUCAUUCCCGGAAAACCAGCGACUCCAGGUCAGCCAGGAUCCUAUUAUCCUGGCACGCCCGGAAAGCCCGGAACGCCAGACAUCGUCAUUCCCGGAAAACCAGCGACUCCAGGUCAGCCAGGAUCCUACUAUCCUGGCACGCCCGGAAAGCCCGGAACCCCAGACAUAAUCAUUCCCGGAAAACCAGCGACUCCAGGUCAGCCAGGAUCCUAUUAUCCUGGCACGCCCGGAAAGCCCGGAACGCCCGACACUAUCAUUCCAGGCCGACCAGGGACACCUGGACAGCCAGGAUCCUACUAUCCUGGCACGCCCGGAAAGCCCGGAACUCCAGACAUAAUCAUUCCCGGAAAACCAGCGACUCCAGGUCAGCCAGGAUCCUAUAAUCCAGGAACUCCCAGUAAGCCCGGAACGCCCGACACUAUCAUUCCAGGCCGACCAGGGACACCUGGACAGCCAGGAUCAUAUCAUCCUGGCACGCCCGGAAAGCCCGGAACCCCAGACAUAAUCAUUCCCGGAAAACCAGCGACUCCAGGUCAGCCAGGAUCAUAUUAUCCUGGCACGCCCGGAAAGCCCGGAACCCCAGACAUAAUCAUUCCCGGAAAACCAGCGACUCCAGGUCAGCCAGGAUCCUACUAUCCUGGCACGCCCGGAAAGCCCGGAACCCCAGACAUAAUCAUUCCCGGAAAACCAGCGACUCCAGGUCAGCCAGGAUCCUAUUAUCCUGGCACGCCCGGAAAGCCCGGAACGCCCGACAUAGUCAUUCCCGGAAAACCAGCGACUCCAGGUCAGCCAGGAUCCUAUUAUCCUGGCACGCCCGGAAAGCCCGGAACGCCAGACAUCGUCAUUCCCGGAAAACCAGCGACUCCAGGUCAGCCAGGAUCCUACUAUCCUGGCACGCCCGGAAAGCCCGGAACCCCAGACAUAAUCAUUCCCGGAAAACCAGCGACUCCAGGUCAGCCAGGAUCCUAUUAUCCUGGCACGCCCGGAAAGCCCGGAACGCCCGACACUAUCAUUCCAGGCCGACCAGGGACACCUGAACAGCCAGGAUCCUACUAUCCUGGCACGCCCGGAAAGCCCGGAACUCCAGACAUAAUCAUUCCCGGAAAACCAGCGACUCCAGGUCAGCCAGGAUCCUAUAAUCCAGGAACUCCCAGUAAGCCCGGAACGCCCGACACUAUCAUUCCAGGCCGACCAGGGACACCUGGACAGCCAGGAUCAUAUCAUCCUGGCACGCCCGGAAAGCCCGGAACCCCAGACAUAAUCAUUCCCGGAAAACCAGCGACUCCAGGUCAGCCAGGAUCAUAUUAUCCUGGCACGCCCGGAAAGCCCGGAACCCCAGACAUAAUCAUUCCCGGAAAACCAGCGACUCCAGGUCAGCCAGGAUCCUCUUAUCCUGGCACGCCCGGAAAGCCCGGAACGCCCGACACUAUCAUUCCAGGCCGACCAGGUACACCUGGACAGCCAGGAUCAUAUUAUCCCGGCACGCCCGGAAAGCCCGGAACGCCAGACAUAGUUAUUCCCGGAAAACCAGCUACUCCAGGUCAGCCAGGAUCCUAUCAUCCUGGCACGCCCGGAAAGCCCGGAACGCCAGACAUCGUCAUUCCCGGAAAACCAGCGACUCCAGGUCAGCCAGGAUCCUACUAUCCUGGCACGCCCGGAAAGCCCGGAACCCCAGACAUAAUCAUUCCCGGAAAACCAGCGACUCCAGGUCAGCCAGGAUCCUAUUAUCCUGGCACGCCCGGAAAGCCCGGAACGCCAGACAUCGUCAUUCCCGGAAAACCAGCGACUCCAGGUCAGCCAGGAUCCUAUUAUCCUGGCACGCCCGGAAAGCCCGGAACGCCCGACACUAUCAUUCCAGGCCGACCAGGGACACCUGGACAGCCAGGAUCAUAUUAUCCUGGCACGCCCGGAAAGCCCGGAACUCCAGACAUCGUCAUUCCCGGAAAACCAGCAACUCCAGGUCAGCCAGGAUCCUAUUAUCCUGGCACGCCCGGAAAGCCCGGAACGCCCGACACUAUCAUUCCAGGCCGACCAGGGACACCUGGACAGCCAGGAUCAUAUUAUCCUGGCACGCCCGGAAAGCCCGGAACUCCAGACAUCGUCAUUCCCGGAAAACCAGCAACUCCAGGUCAGCCAGGAUCCUAUUAUCCUGGCACGCCCGGAAAGCCCGGAACGCCCGACACUAUCAUUCCAGGCCGACCAGGGACACCUGGACAGCCAGGAUCAUAUUAUCCCGGCACGCCCGGAAAGCCCGGAACGCCAGACAUAGUUAUUCCCGGAAAACCAGCGACUCCAGGUCAGCCAGGAUCCUAUUAUCCUGGCACGCCCGGAAAGCCCGGAACCCCAGACAUAAUCAUUCCCGGAAAACCAGCGACUCCAGGUCAGCCAGGAUCCUAUUAUCCUGGCACGCCCGGAAAGCCCGGAACGCCCGACACUAUCAUUCCAGGCCGACCAGGGACACCUGGACAGCCAGGAUCAUAUUAUCCUGGCACGCCCGGAAAGCCCGGAACUCCAGACAUCGUCAUUCCCGGAAAACCAGCAACUCCAGGUCAGCCAGGAUCCUAUUAUCCUGGCACGCCCGGAAAGCCCGGAACGCCCGACACUAUCAUUCCAGGCCGACCAGGGACACCUGGACAGCCAGGAUCAUAUUAUCCUGGCACGCCCGGAAAGCCCGGAACUCCAGACAUAGUUAUUCCCGGAAAACCAGCGACUCCAGGUCAGCCAGGAUCGUACUAUCCUGGCACGCCCGGAAAGCCCGGAACGCCAGACAUUGUCAUUCCCGGAAAACCAGCGACUCCAGGUCAGCCAGGAUCCUACUAUCCUGGCACGCCCGGAAAACCCGGAACGCCAGACAUUAUUAUUCCUGGAAAACCAGCGACUCCAGGACAACCAGGAGCCUAUAAUCCAGGAACUCCCGGUAAGCCCGGAACGCCCGACACUAUUAUUCCAGGCCGACCAGGGACACCUGGACAGCCAGGAUCAUAUUAUCCUGGCACGCCCGGAAAGCCCGGAACGCCAGACAUCGUCAUUCCCGGAAAACCAGCGACUCCAGGUCAGCCAGGAUCCUAUUAUCCUGGCACGCCCGGAAAGCCCGGAACGCCCGACACUAUCAUUCCAGGCCGACCAGGGACACCUGGACAGCCAGGAUCAUAUUAUCCCGGCACGCCCGGAAAGCCCGGAACGCCAGACAUAGUUAUUCCCGGAAAACCAGCGACUCCAGGUCAGCCAGGAUCCUAUUAUCCUGGCACGCCCGGAAAGCCCGGAACGCCAGACAUCGUCAUUCCCGGAAAACCAGCGACUCCAGGUCAGCCAGGAUCCUACUAUCCUGGCACGCCCGGAAAGCCCGGAACCCCAGACAUAAUCAUUCCCGGAAAACCAGCGACUCCAGGACAACCAGGAUCCUAUAAUCCAGGAACUCCCGGUAAGCCCGGAACGCCCGACACUAUCAUUCCAGGCCGACCAGGGACACCUGGACAGCCAGGAUCAUAUUAUCCCGGCACGCCCGGAAAGCCCGGAACGCCAGACAUAGUUAUUCCCGGAAAACCAGCGACUCCAGGUCAGCCAGGAUCCUACUAUCCUGGCACGCCCGGAAAACCCGGCACGCCAGACAUUAUUAUUCCUGGAAAACCAGCGACUCCAGGACAACCAGGAUCCUAUAAUCCAGGAACUUCCGGAAAGCCCGGAACGCCAGACAUCGUCAUUCCCGGAAAACCAGCUACCCCUGGACAACCAGGAUCAUAUCACCCCGGAACUCCCGGACAGCCCGGAACGGCAGAUAUCGUGAUUCCCGGAAAACCAGCGAUUCCCGGACAACCAGGAUCAUAUUAUCCCGGAACUCCCGCAAAGCCCGGAACGCCAGACAUCGUUAUUCCCGGCAAACCAGGAUACCCUGGCUAUCCCGGCUAUCCCAAUUAUCCUGGCUAUCCUGGUUAUCCCGGAUAUCCAGAACCGGGUACACAACCAAACCCAGGGUACCCCGGCUACCCCGGCUAUCCUAAACCAGGAACUCAACCAGACCCCGGAUACCCCGGUUAUCCUGGAUAUCCAGGUGCGCCAGAUGGUCCGAUCGGUGGGGAAGGACCUGUCGGUGGAAUUGGCGGAGUCGGAGGUGUUGGCGGUAUCGGAGGCGAUGGAGAUGUCGGGCCCGAUGGACCUGACGGUCCUUGGCCAACUGGUCCACCCGGUCCAGAUGGUCCUUGGCCCGGCGAUCCAGAUUAUGUUCCAGGAGUUCAACCAACUUCUCGGCCAGCCUAUGCUCGACCGUCCUACGAAAACUAUCCCUCGCCUUAUGCACCAAUUACCGCUGGUUCCUCACUCCAACCCAACUUACCUGGAUAUAAUCCAUACAGUUAUGGUUCGAAAUCAGUUUCAACCGUUAGACAAUCAGGCAACAUCGAAACCAAUUCAAAGUACUCGCAAAAAUCACCUGGAUCCUCCCAGGAUGUGAAAUCACUGCAACUUUCCAACGCUGGCCAAACUGAACCUGAGGGGCAACCUGGUAAAGACGCAGCAGAUGAAUACAGGAAUUCAUAUUGAUCGUAAAAUAAAGAGCGAAGCUAGUCCAGACGGUUUUCCAACAGACUCCGAAUCAUCUGGAAAACCUGCGCAAGGGCAUUUCAUAUCUCAUCAAGGCAAUCAUACGCAACGCAACGAAUAUCAACAAACUAAAGGCUAUGUAGAGUCGCAUGGCAAACUAGAUGGAGUCGGAACAAGAUUGGAUCAAUUCGGAUUUCAACAACAGCGGGGUCAGUCCGAGGCCACAGAGAGCUAUCAACGGAACAGCUACCACGAACAGCAGGAAAUAAAUACGAAUACGGACUCGCCGAAUUCAUCUAGUCAACUAGAAGCGGAUAAUAACUUGGGACUUGCUCCGUUGUUCGGUAGAAUUGGUAAGAAAAAUCACCCCAGCCAAAUCGAUAAGGUGAAAACCUCGAAAGAAACCAUUCCCAACUUUCGAAUGAUCCAGCAAUUUGAUUCCGUAUCCAAAACGCCGUUCGAAUCAGAUCCUAGCAUCGGUGCCAUUGGGGUCCAACCACCUCGUUCUUCGAUUCGCAAGACGGUUCCUACGCCCGUGAGCCCAGAUCCAAAGGCCUGCCCCUGCUAUCUCGUCGAAACGAAUAACACAGAUACAACACUGACCACGACUAGCACAACGCCAACUCCUCUGAUCGGACAGCUGGGAUUUAUCCCUGUUAUCUUUGUUCCGUUUUGUCCCGGUGAAAAGUCAGACGGUGAACUAACGACAUCGACGUUCCCCGCCGCAACUCCAGUUCCGUAUCCCUGUAAUGUCUGCGGACCGAAUGAAUCGAAGAUAACCACCCAGUUUCUCGAUUUGAACCAGCUUUCCAAUAUCGAGCUCUUAAAAUCGGCUCUGAAACAGGCCAAUCUCGGAUUUUUAAAUGUACCAGUGAAAAGACGUGUUCACAGAAGAAAAGUUAAGAGGAGAAAAGUAGCGUGAGACUUCGGCUCGGAUGUUAUUUUUAAAAUAACUUCCAUGACUUGGAGCCAGAAGGGAGGGCAGGUUGAGGUAGGUCGACGUGGAAAUGGUGAGAGUGCCCGUCCGUCAGCUGCUGGACAGCUGAUGAAUGGCCAGUAAAAGGCUAUCGAUGUCAUGAAAAUUUUUCUCACUCCCCUUCGAUAUUUAUAGAGCGAGGAUUAAUUACGUGCCGCCAACUCACCAUUUCUCCGUAAGAUCGAAGCCUCGAAUAUACGUUUUUCGUAAGAGCCAUCUUGUAAUCUUCAAUGUAAGUUCAUUCAUCAUCCCUAUUCAUGAAUAAGUAAUAUUGUUUCAGCAUUUGUUGCUGUAUGCAACCCAUAGUGUCCUUCAUACUAUGCGGUCGUAAAAUUUCAGUAAUUCUAUUAAACUAUAAGCUCGUAUGUUUCCAUUUAAUGUGUCUUUCGGCCCUCGGAGCUUGUAGGGCGAAUAAUAAAUUUUUACAAUGCAAAA